GGGAAGAGGAGUAUGCAGCAUUUAUUUUGUCCCGUACGAGCUACUAUGCAGUCCCAAGUCGCCAGGGCAUCACCAGCCUCCUGUGGCCAGACUAUCCGAGAUUCUGCUGAGACAUGUACGACGUACAUGUUCCAUCUCCCUUCUCGUGUCCACCAUAGACUUACUUUUCCCUUCUUCCUCUUUCCCUGCAUGCCACCAGACAGCUAAUAUAGCAUCUUUCAACUUUGUCCUCCCUCCGAAAGCACACCAGUGUUCUCCUUCUGCUAUGAUGGCUGGGGGUAUCGCACGACCGGGCCCCUCCUCAUAUGGCAUAAGCAGCCAGCAGAAGAUUUAGAUAGAUGAAAAAAGGGGCCCUUUCCAGUCCAAUGUAAAGUUAAAAAUAAAAAUAAAAAGAUGCGUCAGAGCGCGCAGGGACGGCUAGACCAAGCCGAUCCAUCAUGCUACUUCACCGCCAGACAGAAACGGCAACGGAUUGCCCGCUCCAUAGGAAUCGUCGAGCCGAGGAAGAAAAUCUGCUCGUGUGGCCGCAGGAUCUCCGGCCCAUAUCUGUGCGCCCACCGAUGACACUGUGGCACACAAAC